UGAUGGCAUCCUGUGACUGCAGGAAGGAGAGGCAGCUCAGGGGCAUCUUCUCAUUCUGCUGCAGCAGUGUGCUGGACUAUUAUGUUGAGGCCCAAAGCUCUGACCCAGGUGCUCAGCCAGGCCAACACUGGGGGUGUGCAGAGCACUCUGUUGCUGAACAAUGAAGGCUCUCUGCUGGCAUAUUCUGGUUACGGUGACACGGACGCCAGAGUCACGGCGGCCAUUGCUAGUAACAUUUGGGCCGCCUAUGACAAGAACGGACACCAGGCCUUCAACGAGGACAACCUGAAAUUCAUCCUUAUGGACUGCAUGGAAGGCCGUGUUGCGAUUACAAGAGUGUCCAACCUGCUGCUGUGCAUGUAUGCCAAAGAGACCGUUGGAUUUGGCAUGCUGAAAGCCAAGGCCCAGGCAUUAGUCAGUUACCUGGAGGAGCCUCUCAAUCAGGUGUCUGCCAGUUAGGAGGAGGAGCUCGCA